UUCCGGUCGUGCCCAGACUGCUUGUAACGACCUCUCAUAAAUGGCGCAUUUCUGAAAUUUGCAAAACAAGAAUCUGCCAAGGUUGCAAUUGUACUUUUACAACAGUUCUGGAACAUUCUGGGUAAUUAACAUUACCUGACGAACAGCUGAUAGGUGGUCACUAGCUUGGUGAACAGGCAACCCUGACAGGAGACAAAAGAUAGUGACAUGGCAGAGAUGGAGGAAGACGUUGGGGAUUUGCCAGCCAGAGAAGAUGACAAUGACUCGGACAGAGAUGAAGACGACAGAUUGUUUGCUUGGAUGGUGAAUGAUGUGGAUGAAGAAGAAGAAGAAGAGGAGGUGGAGGAAUUAUUUGAGUUGGAUAUUCCAGCAGAGCGCAGUGGGCAUAUAGCUGUGGUUCAUAGAAACCUCAUGUAUGUGUGGGGUGGAUACAGGAAUGCUCAAAACCACGGAUUCUUUGACUUGUAUCUGCCGAGAAAUGAGAUCUGGACCUACAACAUGGAGUCAGGAGUAUGGACAAAACAUACAGCUGGAGGUAACCUGCACACAUCCAUGUCGGGCAGCUGUGGGGUGUGUGUUGAUGGAGUUCUUUACCUAUUUGGAGGUCAUCAUGCCAGGGGAAACACAGACAAGAUCUACCGCCUUCCACUCAGUGCUCCUAGGCUUGUUUGGGAGGAAAUGAAGAAUCUCAAAGGACUUCCUCCAUCCUGCAAGGACAAGUUAGGGUGCUGGGUUCACAAGAACAGACUUGUAUUCUUUGGGGGAUAUGGCUAUGCUCCACAGGGACCUCAUAGAGGGACUUUUAAAUAUGAUGAAUCAUCUUCUCUUGUGUGGAACAGCCCUGGCCGAGGCUGGAACAAUCACAUCCAUAUCCUAGACCUGGAUACGUCGACAUGGAGCCAGCCCAUCACCACGGGGAACACCCCAUCACCGAGAGCAGCCCAUGCCUGUGCCACAGUUGGUAACAGAGGCUAUGUGUUUGGGGGACGAUACAAGAACUACAGACUAAAUGACAUGUACUACAUUGACCUGGACACAUGGGAGUGGCACGAAAUGAGCGUUCUCCAGCAGGGCCCUGUGGGCCGCUCUUGGCACUCCUUCACUCCUGUGUCGCCAGACCAUAUCUUCCUAUUCGGAGGUUUCACCACAGACAGAGAGACACUGAGUGAUGCUUGGCUGUACUGUGUGAGUAAAAAUGAAUGGAAGCCGUUCAAACACAGCCACACCGAGAGCCCCAGGCUGUGGCACACAGCAUGCUCUGGUCCUGAUGGGGAGGUGUUUGUGUUUGGAGGGUGUGCCAACAACCUGCUGUCUCAACACAGAGCUGCUCACAGCAAUGAGUUACUGGUUUUCAACGUUCAGCCCAAAUCACUGGUUCGGUUCUGUAUGGAGACCGUUCUGCAGCACAGGGACCGUUUGUCCAAUUACUGGGACUGUCUACCUAAACACCUCCUGCACAGCCUCAAGCAGAGAAUGGCACAUGUCAACACACUGGGCUCCUAGGCAAAGAGCACAGGACAAUAUGUAUAUGUUCCUGAAGACCACUGAAAGAAACAGUCUGAGGAAAGGCGCUGUGUUAUUCAGGCUAGUGGGAAAGAUAGCAGGACUUCAGUUUCCUCCUGAAGAUUACUGUGUUGGUAUAGCCUCGAGCCAAGGGAGGUCGUUCUAGCACAAGUGCCAAUCAGAUGUUUAUUUGGUAAUUUCAUUGGUCUUUCUUAGAAACCAACUUAAUGUCUUAACAGGAAAUACAGCAGUGCAGAUUUUUUCAGGAAGCCUAUUGCUUUAAUGAUAACUAUGAAUGACUUUGGUGUGAUCACAGACCUAAAUAAAAAUAGUGCUGUAUAUCACGCAAAACUAUCUACUCCGAAGCCACACAAAUGUUAACUUUGAGUUUUUGUUUGUAUAUACAGUUAUUUAUAAUUUUUUGGAGGAAAUCCAUAGGUUUGGAAAGAGGUUUUUAAAGCUUGCAAAUUGUUCUGCCUUGCUCCUGUAGCAUUGGAAUUUUACUGAAUCAAUAACUUAAAAUACUUCGUGUACUGGAUGGAUGUUGAGCCACGUUGCACUAAAAUGCUUCAUGUCAGUAGGGCUUUGUUUAUAUGUGCCUGGUUUGCACACUUUUUUUUUUUUUUUGUAGAAUACACUGUUGUACCUCAAAGAAUAAACACAAACUUUAAUUGU